AAAUGUAGACUGUAAACCUUUUCGGCCAUAGUCCUAAACAAGUCAAUUCUAUUGCUUCGCUUUUCAAAUAAAUGGAUCUGGCGAUUUUUCACCCGCGAGGAUUUAGCAGGGUGACCAGCGCGAACGGGCGCUGGUUCUCACUCCCUCCGGGACCUGCUCCUAGGACUGCAGUCCCGAGGGACUUACCGGCCUUCGCCCCCUACGUACCCCAGCCCCCAGCGAGUUUGGGCUCUCGGGGGAAACGAACCGGCGCCCUUCGCGUCUUCCCGCUGGCUCCCGCGGCCCGCCCCUCGCCGCGCCGCGCCGCGCCCACUCGGCCCCCGGAGCCGCCCUCCGCGCGGGAGCCGGGGCGCCCGCCGGGCGAUAACGCCGCAGGGCCGCGGCAGCGGUUGGAGCUGCCGUGCGCCAUGGCCGCGUCCCCCGGAGCGCCCCGGGCCCCCGCCGUCGAGGCGCAGCCGCCCCAGCCGGACGCGCGCACCUUGGACCGCGGCUCGGACAGCAGAGCCGGUCAGCUCUCAUUCUGUACCAAGGUGUGCUAUGGCAUUGGUGGGAUCCCCAACCAGGUGGCCUCCAGUGCCACAGCCUUUUACCUGCAACUGUUCCUGCUUGAUGUGGCACAGAUCCCUGCUGCCCAGGUGUCACUUGUCCUAUUUGGAGGGAAGGUGUCUGGGGCAGCUGCCGACCCUGUGGCUGGGUUCUUCAUCAACAGAAGCAGGAGGACAGGGUCUGGACGCCUCAUGCCCUGGGUGCUGGGCUGCACGCCCUUCAUCACCGUGGCCUACUUCCUCCUGUGGUUCCUGCCCCCCUUCACCAGCCUGCGGGGCCUCUGGUACACGGGCUGCUACUGCCUGUUCCAGGCCCUGGCCACGUUCUUCCAGGUGCCCUACGCGGCGCUCACCAUGCUCCUGACCCCGUGCCCGAGGGAGCGGGACUCGGCCACCGCGUACCGGAUGACCAUGGAGAUGGCGGGGACGCUGAUGGGAGCCGCCGUCCACGGGCUCAUCGUGUCGGGCGCCCACGGGCCGCACAGGUGCGAGGACGUCGCGCUCGCCGGGCCGGCCGUCGUCUCCCCCGACGCGACUCGUCUCUACUCCAUUGCAGCCGCCGUGCUUGCUCUGACUUACCCUGUGUGCACUAGUUUGCUCUGCCUCGGGGUGAAGGAGCGACCAGACUCCUCCGGCCCAGCCUCAGGCCAAGGCCUGAACUUCCUGGCUGGGCUGGGCCUCACUGUCCGGCACCGGCCCUACCUGAAGCUGGUGAUCUCCUUCCUGUUCAUCUCAGCAGCCAUUCAGGUGGAGCAGAGCUACCUGGUCCUGUUCUGUACACACGCCUCCCGGCUACAUGAUCACGUCCAGGGUGUGGUGCUGACCAUCCUGGUCUCAGCUGUGCUGAGCACCCCACUGUGGGAGUGGGUUCUACAGCGAUUUGGGAAGAAGACAUCAGCCUUCGGGAUCUGUAUGAUGGUGCCUUUUGCAAUCCUGUUGGCUGCUGUACCCACAGCACCUGUGGCAUAUGUGGUGGCUUUUGUGUCUGGCCUGAGCAUUGCUGUGUCCUUGCUGCUACCCUGGUCCAUGCUUCCAGAUGUGGUGGAUGCCUUCCAGCAGCAGCAUCAGCAUGGCCCGGGCCUGGAGACCAUCUUCUACUCAUCCUAUGUCUUCUUCACCAAGCUUUCUGGCGCAGGCGCCCUGGGCAUCUCCACUCUCAGUCUGGAGUUUGCAGGCUACGAGGCAGGAGCCUGCACGCAGGCGGAGCGGGUGGUGGUGACCCUCAAGGUCCUCAUCGGGGCCGUGCCCACCUGCAUGAUCAUCACCGGUCUGUGCAUCCUCAUGGUGGGCCCCACACCAAAGGUGCCGAGCCAGGACCCCUCCCGCCGGCAGAGCCUUCAGAGGAGGACCAGCUACAGCCUCGCUUGAGGUCUGACCUCGUGUGGGCUGGAACCGCAGGAGCCAGUGUCUUCCGGGCUCAAAGUCCUUCUUUCUUCUCGGUCCCUUAGCACGCCCAUUUCAAGGGUUACAUGUGACCCAUCUUUCCCCCGGGAUAUGGAGUUUCAGGGACAUCUCCUGAAGGGACUGGCCUGGGCCCCAGGACCCUCACCCACCACUUCUUGCUUGUUGACCACAGACUGUAUCCGAUAGGCCUGUGCCCCAGACCACCCAGCUCCUGGUGACUCUGACCUGGAAAGCAUCCCGAGAACAACUAUUCCUGGAAAAAGGAAGGCCCACCCCCUGCUCACCUGACAGGACAGACACACAGACGUCUUGUUCUUCCUGACACCCCAGUGGACACCUGAGAGGGAGGCUGACAGAUACCACAUGAACGGGCAGAGUGGGACAGAGGGACUUGUUGGGGAUGACGUCAGGAAAGACGCAAAUAGAGACACUGAGACCAACAGACCCCAGAAGGAGCAAAUGGGGACAGCAGCGGGGGAGGAGACCGAGCAGAGCACAAGAGGCGUUUCUCAAGGCUUUCGGGUCGUUCAGAUAAGCCGGCAACAGUUUCUGGAAUCAGACACAGACUGAGCUACCAAACAUCAAUCACCUUUAUGAACAAAAGUUAUUUUUGUGGAAAUAUUUUUCUGAAAUUGUAUCUUAUAAAAGCACAAGAACCACAGUUUUCUAAAGGCCAUAUCUUUGGGGGACGAAAGAUCCACCGAGGUUUAUUUUUAAAAUACAUAUAUCUAUUAAAGGCUUUAUCUUCUA